ACUCAAACGGGCACUGUAAAUGCAGGAAUGUUCAUGAAAACCGAUAACGAUAGGCGAACUUUAUUGACAACACUUUUCAUUCGAUUACUGCAUCAGUGCUGCCACACGCAAAAAAAACAACACAAAUAACAGCGAACAACACUUGUUGCUGUGACGUCACACACACAAGCGCAGUUACGUCAAUGUAGCAAUAUGCCCAGCAAUCUGUCAAACAACCCACCACCAGCGCAGCUACAACAACAACAGCUCACUGACAUUUCGUCAAUAGGUCCAUACAUAAUUUUGUCAUUUUUUCACUUGCUCGCUAAGAAAACGAGAACUUUCGAUUUUUACCGCCCAAUUAGAGGGCAUUUUUGAAAGUGGUUUCGAAAAAUGCUCCACCAACCGCCGCCGCCGACGCACAGCAUCAAAAUAAUGUCGGGGGCCGAGGAAAAUCGCCACUACUUGCGUGCCUUUAUACAAACAUAUCGCGAUAUGCCCGUCCUCUGGGACACUUCUCUGCGGGACUACACGAAUCGAGAGAAACGCGCCGAGGCCUAUCAGCGCCUGGUGCCCAUCUAUCAUUAUCUGAAGCGGGACGCCACCGUCGAGGACGUCAAGAAGAAGAUCAACACACUGCGCACCAACUACCGCAAGGAGCUGAAGGUUGUGGAGAGCGCUAUGCGCACGGGCAGCCUCCAUACGCCACGUUGCUGGACAUUUCAGGAGCUCGACUUUUUACGCAAUACGGAAAAGUUUCUGGCCGUCAAUCCGACUUUCAAGAACGAGCCGUCUUUCUCGUUUAACGAGAACUCCAGCUCAACGGCGGCCUUCAUGGAACAGCAUGCGAACAGCAGCAGCGCGUCCGUGUUACAUUAUCCAUAUCGAGGUGGGGCUGGACAGACGCCGAACAUCACGGAAAUGUUUCACAAAUCGUUUGGGCAUGUGCAAAAGGUGGAUCCACUGCCACCACCACCGCCGCCGCCGCCAUCCUCGGGCCUAAUGCACCAGCCGCCCCACUCGCAGGGCGACUAUACGCCCUCCAAGAGGGCGCGGCAGACGCCGCCCUGCAGCAGCAGCUCGAACAACGCCUCGACCACGACGACAACAGUGAGCACACAUAAUACGGACGAGCUGCUGAACAUUGCCUGCGAAUAUCUGGCUGGCACCUAUCCGGAGGAGGAGUCAAUUGCGCGCACCUGGACGCAUAAGCUGAAACGUUUGCCGCGCGAGCAGCGUCUGCUCGCCGAGCGCUUCAUCAACGAGAUACUCUUUGAGGCGGAAUCCAACAACUUGCAUCGCGGCUCCGUGCAGAUCAACAACAGCUUUGAGCCGUAUGUGCGCUUUGAGGAGCCGGCGGUCUGUCACGAGGAGCAGGACAAGUCGCAGAGCCCCAGCGUGCACACCUCCUCCGAGUCGACACCAAAGCCCAGCGCCGGCGCCACCACUCCGCUCAACGAGCCGACGAAUCCGGGCAUUAGAGAGUUCUAAGAUUAGGAAUAUGUUAGCAUUAGGUGUUAUUCAGUUAUUUAUUGGCAGAAGACGCAGACAACACAUGGCACUGACAAAAAGCUAGACAAAUAAUCUUUGUAAAUAGUUA